UCCCAGUGUCCCAGAGAAUGAUUCACAGUGAGUUCUCUGAUUUCGACUGCGAGGACGGGAUCGGUGUCAUAGCAGACUACAGACACAACGGCAGGGACUUCCACAGCUCCACGCUGUCUGUUCCAGAACAGGUCAUGUCCUCCAACCACACCUCCCACUCUGACAUGGCCAGGACCUGGUCACGGUCGCCGAGUGUUCCCCCUCCACAAAGUCGGAGUUUGGACCACGGCAUGCGAGGGGGACCGUUUUCUUACAGCUCAGGUCGGAUGGACCGGCAUCGCUUCUCUGAAGACUGCUACUCACCAGACAGGCUGAACCCUAGCUCAGUCCAAACUAGCCCCACCGGUACCCCAGUGUCCCAUCGAAGAGGACGACAGCUACCAAACGUCCCACCCAAGGGCACGCUGGAUCGAAAAGAUGGAGAGGAGAUGAUUGACCCUUAUCAAGGAGGACCGAUGGCGUAUCAAACCUUUCACCCCGUCCACUAUAGAGUCCCCUCCCCUCUCCAGCACCAGCCCUCCCUUCCUGUCCAGCAACAUCCUCCACAUCCUCUCCAACGCCAACUAUCUGCCCCUGUACAGUACCAAAACCAGCCCCCUGUCCAAUACCAAGGCCCACCCCCUGCUCAGUAUCAAGCUCCUCCCACUGUCCAGCCCCGAGCCCCUUCCCCAGCACCUUCCCCUGUUUUAAUCUCUCCUCCAGCCCCUUCCCCAGCACCUUCCCCUGUUGUAACCUCUCCUCCAGCCCCUGCCCCAGCACCUUCCCCUGUUUUAACCUCUCCUCCAGUUCCUUCCCCAGCACCUUCCCCUGUUGUAACCUCUCCUCCAGCCCCUUCCCCAGCACCUUCCCCUGUUUUAACCUCUCCUCCAGCCACUGCCCCAGAGCCAGCCCCUGCCUCAGCCCCUGCCCUAGCCCCUACCUCAGCCCCUGCCCUAGCCGCUGCCCCAGCCCCAGAGCCAACCCCAGCCCCAAACCCUGAACCGCCUCCACAGACUCCUGAGCCAGUCAGUAAUGGGAGGAGCACACCCGGGGGUACGAGAAAAGAGGUGACGUGGGAGGACCAGCAGAAGAAGGCCAAUGGUGCUUUGAAGGAUCCAUCCAAGACGCUGAGAAGCUCAGACAACCUAUCUGCCAUAUCCUCGGACAGUGAUGUAAGCGACGUGUCCGCUACGUUGAGUGCUUCUCGGCUCAACAGCAUGAGCCACAUGUCUGUCCAGUCGGAGAGGGCAAAGGAAAGCCCCAAGAUCAGUGAGGGCCAGUUGGAGGAGGGGACUUUGGCUGAGGUGGCUGAGGAAGUAGUGGGAGGAGCAGAAGGAGGCCAGGGGGGGGCGGAGGGGGGCGGGAGUGGGGCGGAGAGCGGGGAGGGGGCAGUGUCAGGGGAAGAGGAGGAGGAAGAAGAAACAGCAGAGACCAAGCCGGUGGCGGCUCCCAUCCAGAAGAGCUCCAGUGUGGGAGGGGAGAUGUGCUCUCUGAACAGGAAUGAUGAUGAUGAUGACGAUAAGAAGAGGCGCUCAAGCUUCGGUGCUAAAAUGAUGGGGAUGGUCGGCCUCGGGAAGAAAAGCCAGAGCGCCACGCAGAUCAAUGAUGAGGAGGAGGAGGGGAAGAAGAAGAUCAUUCGUCUGCCAGUCCAGAGGAGCGUUGAGACGGGAUUGGCCAUCGAGUUCAAGAGCAGAUUGACACGGCAGAUCAACCGAGAGUCUUCCGACCCUGAUGCCGAGGCCAAGCCGGGAAACCUUAUCUUCCCUGGUGUCCGCAUCACAUCUGACAUCCACUUCACUGAGUUCCUGGAAGGUUUGGGCCCCGCACAGCUAGCCGGUAGACAGACACUUGCCACGCCACCAAUGGGUGACAUCCAGAUAGGGAUGGUGUACAGGAAAGAACGUCUGGACGUGGAGGUCAUCAGGGCCAGAGGACUUGUGGGUAAACAAGGCAACAAGCAGCUGCCAGCCCCCUAUGUGAAAGUAUAUCUAAUGGACAACGGGAAAUGCAUAGUCAAGAAGAAAACCAGACUGGCGAAGAAAACGUUGGAUCCCCUCUACCAGCAGCAGCUCCAGUUCGAGGAGAGUCCAGAGGGGAAGGUUAUACAGAUAAUCGUGUGGGGGGACUAUGGACGCAUGGACCACAAAUCCUUCAUGGGAGCUGCUCAGAUACUUUUAGAUGAUUUAGACUUAUCCAACAUGGUGAUUGGUUGGUUCAAACUGUUCCCUCCCACCUCAUUGGUGGAUCCGACCUUGGCACCUUUAACUAGCAAAGCAGCAGUAGCAGAACAAGCUGCAAAUGCAGCAAAAUUGAGGGACAGCUAGCAUCGUUAUUGAAAUCACCAACAGGAGGUAAGGCUGGCCGGGCCACGCCCUCUUGGGCCAAGCCUUGGUUACCCUGGUAACACUGCAUGCUUGAUGUUCUGAGCCCAUGAAGAGGGAGGGUGGAGUCUGGAGCAGGCUGCAACAAGGUGCCCCCUGCGGGUGGGACUGUCUCACUGCAACAUGGGUCAGGUAAACCCUAACGCUGACCCCCCCGGGUCGACGCCCCUCCCAGGGAGGACCAGACAUGCACAUGAAGCUGCGGCAGGAAAAGGAAAGAAGAAGUGGAAUGAAGUCAGUGGUACUAGAUUUCAAUCUCUGUUAAAUCCAUAAUGAGGAAAAAGAAGAGGAUAAGUGAACUGAGAACUAAUUCAUGAGUUGGGUUAGAGUGAGAGGGAGGGUGAGGGUUAGGGUUAGAGUGAGGGUUAGAGUGAGGGUUAGA